GUCUGUGGUUCGCGAGGAGGCUCCUGGGAGCAAAAGAAAAGCUCCUCCAACCUUGUAGGUCGAUCAGCAGGCCCUGGUAGAUAAGAGGAAGAAGGAAGAAGGCAAACACUUGGAUAGGGUCUUUGGUAACUAUACCAAGGCUCUGGAUAAGAAGAAGGUGUCGGGUGAUGUGCUCUGCGAUUACGUCGCUCGCCACAGUCUUUUGGCUUCACUGGGCGCCUUCAAGCAGAAAGAGGAGAGGGCCCAUGACGCAAAGGAAAAAAAACAGCUCGAGGCCGCCAUCGGGGUGCUCAGGAAGGACAAGAAAAAGCUGGAUGAGAGUCUAGCCUUCUUGAUGAAUGAGUCCAAGAAAUACCGGAGCAAGGUUGAGGGUCGGGUAAGGAAGGCCGAGAGAGCCAGGGUGGAAGCUAAAGACGAACUAGCCCGCGAGAAGCAGAUGUAUGAUUCGGCCUUCUCUCAGGCGACCUCGAAGCUGAAUAAGGCUGAGACGGAGCUGGCUGCAAUGCGGGGUGAUUUGGAGCAAGCCCGGAAGCGAGCUGAAGCGACAGAACAGGAGGUCAAGCAACUAAAGGUCAACAUUGAGGUUCGAGUCGCGAAGGAACACAAGGAGGUUAAGUUUGACAUCUGUAGUGCGUUUGUUUUCACUUUGUGGAAAGCGCACCCAGAUCUCGACUUUUCUUACUUUGGCGAGGAAGUGGUGGAGGCGGUGAAGAAAUAUGUUGUCGAUGCCACGAACUCUAGAGUCGUCGCUACCAAGCCCGAACCCAAUCAGACCUUGGUCGACUUCUUUGCUGAAGAUGCCGGCAAUCUAGCUCCCCAAGAUGCGGCUACUCCGAGCUCGACUUCUCUAGGCCAUUAGGAUUUUUUCUUUUUCUUGCUUUAUCCUUGUACUUGGAUUUUGAAAGCAAUAU